CUUAUCUCGGCGCCGGAGCCCACGACCGCUUCCCCGCUCACCACCCCAACCCCGAAAUAUCCCCCAAUUCCGACGCGACCGCGGAACCCUAGCCCCCCGGCAAUCUUCGCUGGACCCGGAGAGCCGCUCCGGCGCCAUGGCAUCCCCGGAAGGAUCAAACUGGGUAUUCGACUGCCCCCUCAUGGACGACCUUGCUGCCGCCGACUUCGCCGCGGCAUCCGCAGGAGGCUUCUACUGGACCCCGCCGAUGCAGCCGCAGAUGCACACUCUUGCGCAGGCCGUCUCCGCCACCCCGGCUCCCAAUCCCUGUGCUGAAAUCAAUAGCUCUGUUUCGGUGGACUGGGACCAUGCCAAAGGACAACCGAAAAAUAAACGUCCUAGGUCAGAAACUGGUGCUCAACCUAGCUCCAAAGCAUGCAGGGAGAAAGUGAGAAGGGACAAGCUAAACGAGAGGUUCUUGGAAUUGGGUGCUGUCUUGGAUCCGGGGAAAACACCUAAAAUCGACAAAUGUGCUAUAUUAAAUGAUGCUAUCCGUGCGGUAACUGAAUUGCGUAGUGAAGCAGAGAAGUUGAAGGAUUCCAAUGAGUCUCUCCAAGAGAAGAUUAGAGAGCUAAAGGCUGAGAAGAAUGAGCUACGAGAUGAGAAGCAAAAGUUGAAGGCGGAGAAAGAGAGCCUGGAGCAGCAGAUUAAGUUCAUGAAUGCCCGUCAGAGCCUCGUACCACACCCUUCUGUCAUCCCAGCUGCUGCAUUCGCUGCCGCCCAAGGCCAAGCGGCAGGGCACAAGCUGAUGAUGCCUGUGAUGAGCUACCCAGGAUUUCCCAUGUGGCAGUUCAUGCCGCCUUCAGAUGUUGAUACCUCCGAUGACCCCAAGUCAUGCCCUCCGGUUGCAUAAGCCAGCAAAAAUCAUUUGCCUCAUCUAUCUCAUGGGGAAGGAUGGCUAAAAAGCCGUCCGUUAAAGUAUAUCUUAGUCGUCAGUGUUACUAUGCAGAAGCCGUUUAGUGUUACUAUAUGUAGUUAAAUCAAGAACCGAACUGAAGCGUCGUCGUUGUAUCACCCGGGAACAUUUGAUUAUCUUGUGAAACCGUUGUAUAUUGUUAGUAAAUAAAUACCAUCCGUUGAAGCAAAUGGCGCUUGGACGCCAUAGCAUUA